AUGAGUGAAAAUAUAAUGGGACAUGUUAAGUCCAUAUCAUCUGUCUCUUUAAUGACAGAUAAUACAAAUUCUAUCUCUACAAAUAGUCUAAAUAUGAUAGAUUAUAAUAAUGAAAGCAAUGAUCUUUCAAAAGUACAAAUAUACAAUGAUAUUUCCGAAUAUGAAAAUACCCUAUUUAAGCUAGUGGAAUCAGUAGAUAAGUUUAAACCCGAUGUAAAAUUGGCACAUCAAUUAAUUGACGUUGAUGAACGAUUAUUUAAAAGUUUAGAUUCUUUUGUUGAAUAUGAUAAAAUAAGUACCAAAUUGGAAGAAUGUGACAAAGAAGCUGCAGAAUUAGAUACUAAAACUAAAGAAAUUCUAGGAACGUUAAACGAGUGUCACGGAUUACUUAACAGUUUACCCAUGUUAGAGCAAGUUGAAUUUGAAAAAGACAUUAUCCUAAAACAAAGAUCAAAAAUAAACUCAAAACUAUUAUUGGAUUAUGCUACCAAAUUAUCAAAAUUUACAAAAAUUCCUCCAACUUUCAAUAAAGGAAGUAUUGGUCCUAAUAAUUUUAUUUGGCCAGCUGAAGAUGCGCUAAGAAGAGGUAUGUUAGCAAUGGCUUCAUUACAUAGCAAAGAAUUGACAAAACUGCCGAAUGAACCGGAGGAAGCUUCUGAACCUGAUAAAUCCACUGAACCUGAUAAAUCCACUGAACCAAUUGAAGAAGAAAAAAUCACUGUCGAUAACGAAGGUGAUAUUAGCAUGGGUUCAAUUGUUUAUGAUGGUAGUCAUAAAGUAAAGGAAAAUGAAAAAGCUGAAGAAAAUGAAAAAGGAAGUGAAGCAGAAGCUGAUAAUAUGGACUUAGAUCUGGAUCUAUUUAAUCCUGAUGAAUUUUAA